GCGGCAGCACUUUCAAUUUUACACAAAUGCAAUUUGGCUCAUGGUGAUUUCCAUAGUGGUAAUAUACUUUUGGAUGAUGAUUGUAGCACCCAUAUAAGUGAUUUUGGAUUAAGCAGACCUGUAAAUCAAACCAACUUAAAUGAAAUUUAUGGAAUAAUUCCUUAUAUUGCUCCAGAAGUUUUGCGUGGAAAACCAUAUACUAAAGCAGCUGAUAUUUAUUCUUUUGGAAUUAUUAUGUGGGAACUUACAUCUGGUGUUCCUGCUUUUAAUGAUAGAUCUCAUGAUUUUAUACUCUCUUUAGAAAUUUGUGAGGGAUUAAGACCAAAAAUUGUUGAAGGUACAUCGCCAAUAUAUAAAAGAUUAAUGAAGAAAUGCUGGGAUUCCGAUCCUAAUAAAAGACCAACAGCUAAUGAAUUA